AUGCCUGCCGGAAAGGGUAAGUUGUUUUCUUCUCGACUCUGGCUUCCUUCUCUGGGGAGCUUCGUUUUGCCGCCAAAAAACGUCGUGCAAGUCUGGGUCUCGAUUGUCGAAAGCUGCCGCCCAGAGCAUCAUGCCACAAUGCGCCCUCAUUACUCGCCCCCGCUGUUUGCGCCCUCACCCUCCAAGCGUCUCACCGCCGUUCGCCGCAAGCCCAAAAGCCUCCACUCCGCCGUGCACACAGUCCUCGCAAGCCUGACGAAGCUGGAACUCGAGGGCCGCGGAACAAACUCUUAUGGAGCUGUCCCGGGCCUCUGCUGUGACUCGAAGAAGGGCGCCAGCCUGUUCAAGACGCGCUGCGCUCAGUGCCACACCGUCGAGAAGGACGGCGGCAACAAGGUCGGCCCCGCUCUGCACGGCCUGUUCGGCCGCAAGACCGGCUCCGUCGACGGCUACGCCUACACUGAUGCCAACAAGCAGAAGGGCAUCACUUGGGCCGAGGACACUCUGUUCACCUACCUCGAGAACCCCAAGAAGUACAUUCCCGGCACAAAGAUGGCCUUUGGUGGCCUGAAGAAGGACAAAGACCGGAACGACCUGAUCACCUACCUGAAGGAGUCCACCGCAUAA